GAGAAAAGUCAUUGCUGCCCACAGUCUGGAGGCGGGGGUGAUGCUGUGACCAUUCCAGCUUUUCUCCCUCCUGUGGACAGCAAAACUGAAGGACACUGGACAGGCGGACAUGCUACUAUGAUCCCUCGACUCCUUUCCCUCCUCUGUUUCAGGCUGUGUGUUGGCCAAGGAAACAUAAGAGGAGAUGGGUCACUUCCCAAGCCCUCUCUCAGUGCCUGGCCCAGCUCAGUGGUACCUGCCAAGAGUAACGUGACACUGCGAUGCUGGACUCCUACCAAGGGUGUAAACUUUGUUCUCAGAAAGCGAGGAACUCCUUUGGAGUCCUUGCAGUCACCUGAUUCCACAGUGGUUCUGGGUGAAUUUUACCUCACUGAUCUAAAAACCAGUAAUGCUGGAGAGUACACCUGUGAAUACUACAGAAGAGGGAGCCCACACACAAGUUCUCGGCCCAGUGAUGUCCUUCUACUGCUGGUGACAGGAAAUUUACCUAAACCUUCCCUCCAAACCCACCAAAGGGGUAUGGUGACUGAGGGAGAAAAGGUGACCCUACAGUGCCAGAAACCAGAUUUUGGGAUUGUCCCUGUAAUGUUUGCUCUACUGAAGGCAGGAUCUUCAAUGCCCAUCCAGCUCCGGAGUCCAGCAGGGAAGGAGACAGACUUCUCCCUACAGAGUGUGACAGUCAAUGACACAGGGAAGUACAGUUGUGUGUACUACCAGACAAGGGCUCCUUUCUGGGCCUCAGAACCCAGCAAUCAUGUUGAGGUCCAGGUGACAGGGUCACUUCCCAAGCCCUCUCUCAGUGCCUGGCCCAGCUCGGUGGCACCUGCCAAGAGUAACGUGACACUGCAAUGCUGGACUCCUACCAAGGGUGUAAACUUUGCUCUCAGAAAGGAAGGAAUUGCUUUGGAAUCCGUGCAGUCACCUGAUUCUGUAGAGGGCCUGGGUGAAUUUCACCUCACUGAUCUAAGAAACAGUAAUGCUGGAGAAUACACCUGUGAAUACUACAGAACAGGGAGCCCCCACACAAGGUCACAGCCCAGUGAUGUUCUUCUACUGCUGGUGACAGGAGAUUUUCCUAAACCUUCCCUCCAAACCCAUCAAAGGAGUAAGGUGAUUGAAGGAGAAAAGGUGACCUUGCAGUGCCAGAAGCCAGAGACCGUGACUGGGACUAAAAUGUUUGCUCUACUGAAGGCAGGAUCUUCAAUGCCCAUCCAGCUCCAGGGUCCAGCAGAGGAGGAGACAGAAUUUUCCCUUCAGAAUGUCACAGUCAACGACACUGGGAAGUAUAGCUGUGUGUACUACCAGACAAGGGUUCCUUUCUGGGCCUCCCACCCCAGUGAUCACCUUGCAAUCUGGGUGACAGAUGCCACAUCAAGAGAUUACACCAUGGGGAACCUCAUCCGACUGGGUGUGGCUGCCUUAAUUAUGGUUAUUACGGGGGCUCUCCUGGUUGAAGCCUGGUGUUGCCAGAAGGAGUCUCCACAGGGAUCCAGGUAAAACAACUGAACACUUCUUUUUUUCAUGGUCUGUUAUAGAGGUGGGGGUCUUUAAACACCAUACUUUACC